AUUUCGUCUCUUCUUUUGAAUAGAAUUUCACUUUUUUAAGCGAAACUGUGAUCCAAUAAACGUUUUAAUUAGUAUAUUUGGAAACAACAAACGAUUCCGCAUCGAUUAAGCCUAUUUUAAAACAAAAAUUGUAAUUUACCGGCUAUCUUGACAUUAAAAUUUGUUUUUGUAUUUACAUAGAAAAUAUUGUCUAACAAAUGUUUUAAUUAAUCUAACAAUCAAUAACAAACGACUAACAAACGAUUCGUAUAAACAAAAAUGUUUAAAGUCGAAGUUGUCCGGCUAACUUUAUUGAAGUAUACAAUGACGCGCAUGCGAGUUGCAGUUUAAGAGACACACAUAAAAAUUCCGUCUAUGUUUCCGCCCUUUCGUGCUUUACUCGGGUUAUACCAUUUACCACCAACUGUAAACACGUGCCAUUAUUUGAAGUAGAUCGGUGUAGAGAGGUAGUGUUAUUUCUUCUCGAAGAAUUAUCGGUAAAGAGAAAAUGCAAUGCACUCGCAUUCGUUAUUUGUCCGUGCAUUCGGAAGACGCUGGACGCUAAUCACGUUCGAGAAUCAUCUUAAAACAUUGCACGUGUAAAUUGUACAUGUAUAAAGAUAUCGUAAAAAUUAUAAGGUAAAUAUUCAGAAUAAAAAUAUAAAGCAAGAGUAAAACGUUAUAGAGAUGAAAGCAGAGUGGUUUCCUCGUGUGGUGGCUCACCACCCAUAUAUUAUCUUCAUCGCUGUUUUUGUACUUUCCUCAAUAUGUAUGAUCAUACCAUUUAUGACCAACAAGCUUCCAGAUUUUAGGGAUCCUCAAAUGGGUUUCGAGGCAAGAGGUACAGUUCUAGCGAAAAGACUUACAGCCUGGCAUAAUUUAGUGGAAGCUACAAAGGGAAGGGCAGAACUAAUUGAUAAUCCUUUGGAGUAUCAACUAUAUGUACAUCAACAAGCAAAUCAACAGAGUGAUCGUAAAAAGAAAUCACGAAAUAAAAAUAGAAAUAAAAAUAAAAAGGGGAAGAAUCGAAAAAAGUCGAAAACUGACAGUAACUUCAACCAAACUUUGACAGAGGAUCCGUUCAACGAAAUAUCGGCAAACUGUACACCCACCAUAGACAUAAACGCUAAUAAGAAUCAGGAGCAUGUUGAUGGUGAACACUUUUUCUGUAAUCUACCAACUUCCUCGUAUUCUCGUGUUAUAAUCGGCGCGAGGUCGAAAGACAAGGAUUUAUGGUCGCUGGAAGGUGUAUUGGCUCAGUGUCGUAUCGAUGACGUACUUCGUGGAAACGUUCACUUCCCAUCUCUGUGUCAAGUCGCGUACGAAGGUUCCGCGCAUCAGAAGUGCUGUAGAAGUUGGUCGCCGGCCAACUAUGUGGCACUGCUAUCCAAUCGCACCUCUUGCUUGGGAGUGACGGAGAACGAUCUGAGUAAAGUAAAAACACUUCUGCAGCAAUGCUCUCAUUACUAUUAUAAUCGUCAGUUAUUGCCUAACUGUGCGGACGACCUGAAGUGUCAGAGAGAGGUGCCGGCCGAGUGUUACGCGAGAAACGCGGUGUACCAUCUGCUACACUAUCUCCUGGACGUUGACUUUAUCUCAAACGCAGUUAAGAAGGACAAUGAAAACGACUCGACGUUGAAAUCUGCCAUGCUGUUUCUCCCUAUCGCCGCGAGUUCUGCGACCUUAGACUUUUACAAUGCGAUAGACAAUGACGACUUGACGUAUGGAGAUUUCCACGUUCAAGGCAUGCAAUUGGGUCUAAAAACUACGUUGUUCGACGAACAAUUGGUAUCUGACUCGAGGCUGCUGCUUGGCAGCUUUAUCUUUAUCACACUCUGCAUUUGGGCGUACACCGGCUCAAUAAUUUUGACCAUUACGACAAUCUUCACGGUGCUGUUUAGUCUUGGUAUUUCAUACGCGGUGUACACCCUCGUCUUGCGUAUAACGUUCUUUCCUUUUAUGAAUUUGUUGGCCAUCGUUGUAGCCAUAGGCAUUGGAGCGGAUGAUGCAUUUGUGUAUUGUAAAAUAUAUGAAUCUGGAAAGCAGCAGAAACGUUCCAACGAUGGUCUAAGAUGCUUAAUACAAGAAACCAUGAAGCACGCUUUCCCAUCCAUGUUCGUCACGUCUUUCACCACGGCUGUAGCUUUUUUCGCGUCGAGUGUCAGUAACGUGACCGCUAUAAAUUGCUUCAGUUUAUUUGCAGGCAUGACGGUUAUAGCCAACUUCGUCUUGAUGGUUACGUGGAUACCAGCGUGCAUGGUCAUCUCGGAGCAUUGUAAAAUAACUUUAUCCCCAAUGAAUUUUAUUACUCGAAAGAUUAUACGUCCCCUACGAUUAUUUGGGGAUCAGGUGACGGAAGCAUUUACCGCCUUCUUAAUCGAGAUGACGCUUCGCUUGCAAUGGAUCUGGCUACCGAGUUUGGGCAUUCUGGCGAUAAUAUGUUGCGUCAUCGUUUUCCAUUAUCCGGGCUUGCAGCUGCCAGACUACAUCAAUUUCCAGUUGUUCCAUAAAUCCCAUCUGUUCGAGCAGUACGAGAUGACACACGUGCGGAGAUUCUGGUUCGAGCGAGAGGAAAUGAUUGGAAGGGAUGCCGAGAUUUUGCCGAUGCGAUUUGUAUGGGGCAUGAACCCGGUUGAUAACGGUAAUUAUCUCGAUCCCACCGAUAAAGGAACGGCAGAUUGGGACGAAACUUUUAACAUUUCUGACCCGAAGUCGCAAGUGUGGCUCGCACGAUUUUGCCAAGAUUUACGGAAGCAGCCCUUCUACCGCACCACUACGGGGCCCUUGUUGCCCAACUGUUUUAUCGAAUCGCUACGCUCGUGGAUGGAGAGACGUUGCGAGGAUCCCAUUGAUCCCAGCAUCAAUUAUGCACCGUGCUGCCAAAGUAGCAGAUUUCCGUUUAAACCCGACGUUCUCCAGCGAUGUGCGGCCGCAGCUAACGCGGAGUUACAUCGCUCGCCGUAUUUGUGGAUUCGAAACGGUGGAAUUUCUGCGGGCCUAAAAUUCGUCAAACCUACGGCCUUGUCCUCGCCUCCGAUGUUAAACGACACGCUUGCAAACGCGACGGAAUUAAUACCUGAAAUUAAAGCGCUCAUUGUUGAAUACGACAGCACGUACGCGUACACUUUCUCCUUUACAAAUAUGGAUGAAUUCUUUCAUCAAGUUGAGAGUUGGAUGCAAAAGCAAUUACGGGAUGCGCCUAAAGGGAUGCGAGGUGGAUGGUUUGUCAGCAACUUGGAAUUUUAUGAACUCCAGCGAGCGCUGCACGAGGGCACUCUCUGGGCGAUAGGAGUGUCGUUGAUGUUGGCUCUGAUCGUACUGGCGUUUGUGACUUUAAACCCUCUCAUCAGUUUGUUCGCCAUUAUGACCGUCGGCGCUGCAAUAAUCGUAACUGUUGCUAUCCUCAUCCUUCUCGGGUGGAAGCUGGACGUGCUGGAAAGCGUUGCGGUAUCCACAGCAAUAGGUCUCGCUGUAGACUUUAGUUUACAUUACGCCGUAAGUUACAAAGGAUGCAUAUCUAACAAGAGAACGGAUAGAGUAAAAGUGGCAUUGCAACGGAUGGGCGGCCCGACUCUCAUGGCAGCGGUUACGAGCGGAGCUGCAGGUGCUUUGAUGUUACCCUCGCACGUUCUGGCGUACAUACAAAUCGGUGUAUUUCUGCUACUCGUAAUGGGAGUGAGUUGGCUGUACGCCACGCUAUUUUUGUGUCCCAUGUUGGCAAUUAUGGGACCCUUACAGUUUGCUCAAUUUAAAUAUUCCAAGUUGAAGAGAUUGAUCUGUUUUCAUAAGUACAACGAUGAUGACAAUGUGAUAGAAGCAGACAAGGAUAACAAUCAAGCGAAAAAGAUCUGUAAAGGACGAGGAAUGCAGUCGGAAUCUACUCUGAGCACAUCCAGCUCCGCGUGUCAAUUUCACUGCAGCGAACUGGAGACUCUCGCAGUGAGACCCCCGUCGCCGUCAUUGCCGCCAUCUCCAUUAUCAACGUUACUUCCUCAAAAUUUAUAUGUAAAUUAAGUAAAUUUCUAGGAAAUUCUUCUCUAUUUUGAUCUCACAUAUUGUGCGUGUAUCCUUUUAGAUAAAAUUUAUUUUUUUAUAAAAUAAUUAUGUUGUACGUUCCUACGUACGUAUUCUUAUACGUAUGUGUGUGUGUAUCGCAUAAUUAAUGUGUGUUCAACUAGUUUUAAGCUAAAACGUGUAUCCAAAAUCAACGAUCAUCCAUCUACGUGUGUAUAUACAGUGUACGCAGCUGUACGUAAAAUCAUGUAAUAGGAAAUUGUAUGAGCGACGAUGUUGGAACAAUCUGAA